UGUGUGUGUGUGUGUGUGUGUGUGUGUGUGUGUGUCCUCUGUGCCCUACGAUCCCCUGUCUAUGUGUCUAUCAGCGUGUCAUCAUCUUUCUCAGGAUUCCCACCCACGGUUCCUGCAGAUCAUUCAGUGGUCCAUCCCUGCGUGGAGAGGAGUCACGUCUUUGCUCUUUAAGUCCGGCAGGAUCGACAGCAGGCCUCCGCCUACAGAACCUCAGAGCAGAGACAAACGUCCCCCAGGAUCAGACCAUGACGAGCAGAGCGGGGGGGUGCGCGUUGGGCCUGCUAUGCCUUCUCAGCGCGGUCUUUGGGCAGCUCGGCGUCCUGAUCUUCUGUGACGACCCGUCCGUGCAGCAGGCCGUCAGCAGUGCUGUGAGCAAGUUCAACGAGAGGUUGAGCACCGGACACAAGCUGGCCCUCUUUCAGACGCUGUCCGCUAGUAAGUCAGAGAACGGAUCGGACUCGGUGUACUCGCUGCAGUUCACCAGCAGGAGGAGUAACUGUCCAGCUGAGAGCGCCACACCCUGGACAGACUGCGACUACCUGCCUCUGGGACCCGAGAAGCCGAUUUCAUGCAAUGCCACAGUCUACAUGACAGAGACUGAAGCCGACACCAAGCAGGUGGAUUGCCAGUUGGAAGAUGUCAUCAUUCGAGAUAGAGCGCGCUGUUUAGGCUGCCCCGUGGAGAUCGCUGAGAACUCAGAGGACCUCAAGCUUCCUCUCUCCGUCUCCAUCUCCAAGUAUAACUCCCAGUCUGACUCCACCCACUUGUUCACCCUGCACAGUGUCGGCUACUCCACCAGACAGGUGGUGGCGGGUUUCAGGUUCAAGCUGAGGUUUGAUAUGAAGAAGACCACCUGCACCAAGACCGAGCACAAAGACCUCAAUGAUCUGUGUGUCCCCGAUGAGGAGAACACGGAGUACGCUAACUGUAACUCGACAGUGGAUGUGGCACCGUGGAGAUUUGAGGUCCCAAAUGCCCACUUGGAUUGUGCAGAUGGGAAACUGCCUUUGAUCUUGACGAGGCGCCGUCCCGCUGGCUGGUCUCCACUCAGGAACAUCCUGGAAAGCGCCCCCCCCACCGCCUCCUCUCCAUCCUCCCCACCGCCCGCCACAGCCUCCCACAAAGCCUCAGACAAAGCCCCAGACAAAGAGGAGUCCUCUGAGGAGGACAGCACAGCCUCCAAGCCGCCCGCCUCCCCCGCCGUGGCCGCCGACGCUGUGCACGACGGCCCCUUCCAUUGCCCGUCCAAGCCCUGGAAGCCUUUCACUUUGGUCCAUCCUGAAGCUCCCACGAAGGCUGCCACGGAGGAGGCCACCUCCCCGCCCUCAGCGGACGGGGCUUUCAGCGAUACAGACCUGCUGGCAUGAGGGGGGGGGUUUCUUCGAGGGAACUGCAUUUACAUUGAAAAUAAUCUCGCUCUCAACAGAUAUUUGUAUUUCGCAGGCGUCUUUUAUACUAGAGAUAUCUUCAAAAAAAGGGUUAUGUUACAAAAAUACCCAAGUUAGACGGUGAGGCACAUUUCUUUGGUCCUGCAACACUGAGAAAGAGGAUGGAAAUGAUGACGGAGCUCUAGAGCGUUAUGAAAUGAAUCUGUUUGAGCGCGGGGAGCUGGUGUCUUCUUCAGUGAGUCAAAGUAAUGAGUGAUUGCAAAUAUGUCGAUCUCAAAACCCAAACAAACAACACAAAAUAAAAUAUAACUUUGUUCUUUGU